UCGAACUUGAAAAAUAUCGUGAGGAAAUAGAAUUGUUUUUUUGGGAACAGUAAAUAAAUAUAAAUAAUAAAAAUAACAAUGAACGGGAUUUCACGUGCUUUCAGUGUCGGAAUUUUUAUUUUGGGUUUGAUGAUAAAUUUACAUGGACAUGGGGUAGCAAAGAAAUUUGAAAAAAAAGAAGAUUUUAACUUGACGGCAAUAGAAAGCAAAGAAAUUUUAAUAAAGAGUGAACGUCUUUGGGAUCAGGGAAUUAUUCCCUACGGAAUAAGGAAAAAUAUUGUUGGGGAGCAGCGCAGGUUGAUUACACGGGCUAUUAGGUACUGGGAGAACAUAACUUGUGUUCAAUUCAUUGAGAGCGUCAGAGGCCUAAAUCCCAGUUAUUUAUUUUUUACCACAUCACCAAACUGCAGCUGCUGUAGUCCAUCAAUCGGUAAAUAUCAAGAGGGAAGAAAUUCCAUAAACUUUGACAAAAGUUGCAGCUACGAAUCCAUCGUCCAUGAAUUGGGUCACGCCAUAGGUUUUUCUUACCAUAAACUUUCGGAAGACAAUAAAUUUACCAAUGCGACAGGUACCCAACAUGACACUAAAGAACAUUUUGAUGAAAACACAUCCAAAAAUUUAAUGAUGCGCAACAGACAAGAAGUAAAAGAUAUUUUUUAUCAAUGCCCUAAGUGUGGAAAAACAUUACAAGCGAUGUAUGGAACUUUUGGAACUUUCGAUACAGAAAUUUAUUCGAAUAGUUCACUGAUAGAAGCUGAGGAAUCAUGCGAAUGGAGAAUAUCUGGCGCGCAUGGAGAGCGAAUCGCUCUAAACAUUGAGUCGUUAAAUAUUUACGAGACAACUAAUUGCACAACAGAUUACUUGGAAAUUAGGGAUGGAUACUGGAGUGGAAGUCCUCUUUUAGGUCGAUUUUGUGGAAAUGAAAGUAUGACGCAGCCUUUAAUUACGUUGAGCAGUCGAAUGUUGGUAACGUAUGUUCGAACAAGUGGUAAAAAAAGUGACCAUGGGUUUACGGCGAGUUAUUACAAAUUAUGCGGCGGCGAUAUUGAAAUAAACAACACUAGAGUUUACUUAGAAUCGCCGAAUUAUCCUUAUAAGUAUGAGCGGAACAUUCAGUGCACUUGGAUUUUCAAUUCCCCGAAGGACCAAAUAAUGAGAGUACAAUUCUACUACUUUUAUCUUGAGGACACCAGAACCUGUAAAAGUAACUUCCUGGAAAUAAGGAACGGUGACAGUUUUACGUCCUCCCUUAUCGGCCGAUACUGCGGUUCUCAUAAAAACUUAAAAACCCACGUGGACGGAGGGACACUUGUUGUUAAAUUUUUUAGCGAAAAACCGACCAACUAUUCGGGAUUUACAAUGGCCAUCACUGCUUACCAUGACGACCAUGAGAAUAAGAAAAUACAAGCCAAUGAAACGAUCGCCUCACCAGACUCGGCGGGUUAUCGAUCCUGUAAUCCAAUUUUUGCUUUGACUUUGAGCUCUCCGGCUAUCUGGGAUCUUACCAACGGUAGCUAA